ACAAACUCUAUAAAUAAAAAAUAAUCUGUCAGUUACGUAAAUUUUGUAGGUACGAUUUAUUUUGUAAGAACAAGUGGUCUUUUAGCGAAAAUAGUGCAUGAUUUGAUUUUGUAAAAAUGCAGGCAAUAAAGGCAUUGACGACUUCGGCUCCUUCCACAGUGCUUUCUGUGGUGAAGAAAGGAGCCUUCGCCCCGAUGGUAGAUCAGAUACGUCAAACCCAUUUGCCUGCACCAAACCCGAAGGAGAGACGCCCGUAUUCGCCGUUUCAAGACACUAGUAACAUGGCAGAGUAUGCUGUGGCUAGGCUUGACGAUCUACUGAACUGGGGCAGGAAAGGUUCAAUGUGGCCCAUGACUUUUGGUCUUGCUUGUUGUGCUGUAGAGAUGAUGCACAUUGCUGCGCCCCGAUACGACAUGGACAGAUAUGGUGUUGUAUUCCGUGCCUCACCUCGUCAGUCGGAUGUGAUGAUUGUAGCCGGUACUCUGACCAACAAGAUGGCUCCAGCUCUGAGAAAAGUUUAUGAUCAAAUGCCUGACCCAAGGUGGGUCAUUUCCAUGGGUAGCUGUGCCAAUGGUGGUGGUUAUUACCAUUACUCUUAUUCUGUUGUAAGGGGUUGUGAUCGCAUUGUACCUGUUGAUAUUUAUGUACCCGGAUGCCCACCAACGGCUGAGGCUUUGCUCUAUGGUGUUCUUCAACUACAAAAGAAAGUCAAAAGAAUGAAAACCAUCCAAAUCUGGUACAGGAAGUAAACUACUUAUCUGAUAAAUAGACUAUUCUGUAGAUGAGUUAACUAGACAAUUUUUAAUAUUAUUUAUGCUAAAAUCUUCAAAUCACUGUUAUGCAAUAAAUACAACUCUAGCAGCAAGCAA